AUGUCCAAUCCUCGUAGGACUCCGGCGACUCACCCGGACGGGGCCUUGUCCCUUAAGACCAACAUGCCCCUCCGGAAAGGCCUCACCUUCCACUCUCCUACAUCUCCUGGCUCAGACGUUUCCGCCUUCAGACCCCCGUCUCUGCCACGUCGAUCACAGACCAGCCUGGACGACGUGAUCGAUGCCCAUAAGCGGCGAAUGCGUAUCACCCUCGACAGCAUCGACCAGACCUUGACGGCCUCCAAGGACGAGUCCAAGACCUUGGUCGACAAAACCUUCCCCUUCCCCGACGGCCUUCGCAAGCACUCCGUCGCCAUGUUGGACGAACCUGAAAAGGAGCGCCGUGUACUGCGCCCACGAUCUACUCUCCGUCGCCCCGCCAGACACCACGAUUCAGACAGCGGGCUCGGUACCUCUGUCGCUACAUCUAAAGACAAAGCCGCCGCCGACUCCAGCAAGAAGGGCAAGACGUCAUCUGUCAAGGCGUCGACUGUCACUCGGUCUGCCGCCGCGACCACAACCCUGCCUGGCCUGAGCAACCGGGCCACAAACAAAAUCUGCGAGCAUGUUCUGAAACCGCUCCUCGCAAAACCUGAACUCAAGAUCUUCCACCCUCUUGUUAUUGAUUGUCCCAGAAGGAUCAAGGAGAAAGAGAUCCUUUGUCUUCGAGACCUCGAGAAGACGCUUCUACUCAUUGCUCCUGAGAGCACCAAAGUAGCCGACUUGUGGCUCGACUUCUGCCUCACCACGGUCCACUGCAUCCAAGCGACUGUUGAGUACCUUAGUGACCGAGAACAAACUCGACCUCGCGACCCUCCUUACGGCAGCGGAUACUUCAUCGACCUUGUGGAACAACUACAGAUGUACGCCAAACAAAUUGCUGACGCCAAGGACAAGAAACCUACCGGAGACAGUAUGGAAGUUAAUGCUUCCGACGAGAUCAAGCUGCACGGCGGCAUUCAUGUCAACGGCCGGCCAGUAGAGCUUGUCCGCGUGAACAAGGACGGCAAGGCGAUUUCACUCGCCACUGGUGAGGUUGUCGAGAUGGACGAAGACAACGAUAGCCCCAUUAAGGUCAAACGGUCUGCUUCCGAGGAGUUGGCCGAUGAAGAGGAGAUCAUGCGCUCCAUGGCCCGACGGAAGAAGAACGCAAGCCCCGAGGAGCUCGCACCAAAGAAGUGUCGCGAGCCGGGCUGCACAAGAGAGUUCAAGCGACCUUGCGACUUGACCAAGCACGAGAAGACUCAUUCUCGUCCCUGGAAGUGCCCCAUCGAAUCUUGCAAAUAUCACGAAUAUGGCUGGCCCACAGAGAAGGAGAUGGAUCGUCACUGCAAUGACAAGCACUCGAUUGACCCACCGAUGUACAAGUGCUUGUUCCCUCCUUGCCCCUAUAAGUCUAAGAGGGAGUCCAACUGCAAGCAGCACAUGGAGAAGGCUCAUGGGUGGCAGUACGUGAGGACCAAGACGAACGGCGGCAAGAAGACAUCAAGCAAGGCCGGCAGUGUUACCCACAGAACACCCCAGAUCCAGGGACUGCCCACACCUAUCAGCAACCCCAGUGUUGGAAUGGCAACACCCCCCGAGGAGAGGCUUCAAUACCAGCCCAACAGUAUUGAAUUCCCCACAUAUCUCCCCGAGGCCGAGCCCUUCAACUUCAACACCUUGCCACAGGAGAUUCACUUGGACACAAUGGACUACUCUGAUUAUUCACCGAUCGACAAUGGAACUCCCGUCACAGAUCCUGGCUUGGACAGCUCGUCCAUCACAUUCCAAGACGCGUCAACAACUGAAUACCAAUGGGAUGACAUCUACAGUGCAAAUCAGGCGCAAGUGCCCGCUCCGACAUUCAAUAAGGAGCUCGCGAUGCAGUUCGCUGCCUUCUCAGAGGCAGAGCUCUGUAAGACGCAGGUCGCGCCUCAUAUCUCCCCCAUUGGACAAGGAAACGCGAUGCUGUUCACUCCUCACUCCCUGGCAGAUGUUGACGACGGGUUCGACGAUAUCCCUGUUGAGAUGAACGGCGGCGCAGACUUCCUCCUGUUCCCACCCACUGCUGAGGCGAAGCCCAUGACCUUCAACGAGUCUCCUCUAUUCACCAAUGAAAUUCCUUCAGUUGCGGCGGGCUACUCGCAACCGAACUCACAGGAAUUUUGGGGAGUUGACUGGUCCGCCAACCAGUACGGAUACUCCCAGCACUAA